GCGGGUAAUGGCGGCGCCCUGGCGUCUCCCUCAGGCCGCCAUAGCGGCGGCGCCCCCGGCUCCCCCCGGGCCCCGCUAACGCGCGGCCCCUCCCCUUCCAGGUGCUGCUGCUGCGAGACGGCGGGGCGAGCAUGGGACCGGCAGAGCUGGUGCAGAAGAUCAGUAUCAGCGCCGAGAGCCCACGCGGGAGCGAGAGCGGCGGCGCGGCCUUGGCGGGCGCUGACGGGGCCGCCGGCGGCAGCUGGAGACACAAGUGCGCGGCUUAUGUGCUGGCGCUCCGGCCGUGGAGCUUCAGCGCCUCGCUCACCCCCGUGGCGCUGGGCAGCGCCCUGGCGUACCGGGCUGAGGGAGCGCUGGACCCGGGGCUGCUGCUGGGGAGCGCCGUGACCGUGCUGGCUGUGCACGGGGCCGGUAACCUGGUGAAUACCUACUAUGACUUUUCCAAAGGCAUCGAUCACAAGAAGAGUGAUGACAGGACGUUGGUGGACCAGAUUUUGGAGCCGCAGGAUGUAGUGCGGUUUGGAGUCUUUCUCUACACCGUGGGCUGUAUCUGCGCUGCUGGGCUCUACGCGGUCUCGACGCUCAAGCUGGAGCACCUGGCCCUGAUUUACUUUGGAGGACUUUCCAGCUCCUUCCUUUAUACUGGAGGAAUUGGAUUUAAAUACGUUGCCCUCGGUGAUGUGGUGAUCCUGAUCACCUUUGGGCCCCUGGCUGUGGAGUUUGCCCAUGCAGUGCAGGUUGGUUACCUGUCCCUGACCCCCCUGCUCUACGCUGUCCCCCUGGCCCUCAGCACUGAGGCCAUCCUGCACAGCAACAACACCCGGGACAUGGAGUCAGACCGGCAGGCUGGGAUUGUCACCUUGGCCAUCCUCAUCGGCCCCACCUUCUCCUACAUGCUCUACACUGUGCUGCUCUUCCUGCCCUACCUGAUUUUCUGUGUGCUGGCCACACGUUACACCAUCAGCAUGGCGCUGCCCCUGCUCACCAUCCCCAUGGCAUUCUCACUGGAGAGACAGUUCCGCAGCCAGAACUUCAACAAAAUUCCUCAGAGGACAGCCAAACUCAAUCUGCUGCUGGGCCUUUUCUAUGUUUUUGGCAUUACAUUGGCACCAGCUGGAGCUCUGCCCAAACUGUGAAAAGAGCUGUAGGGUGAGGCUUCAUGAUUCACUCUUCAUGCCAGUUAACAUGGAUGUUAUGAAUAAAUGGCUCAUUAUGGGCAGUGAGAAGAAUGGAAACGCCACCUUGAACUGUUGGUAGUGAAUGUUAUGAUUUCUGGUGUUGGAUAGCUUAUACAACACAGCUUAUACUGUCAAAAAAGUGAUUUAUCAGUUCUGCAGAAGGGGAGAACUGUGUGGCUUUGCUUUGAGGAACAAGGUGACAUAAGGUCAAGGAAAUGUUUAAAGAACCUCAUCCUUCUGCC